AUGGCGGCUGUAAGCGGCCCCGCGCGGCACUCUCGCGUCUCCAUGAGUGUGUCCAUGUCGCUGAUGCAGGGCGGUACGCAGAGCGCGCCGCAGGGCGCCAUCCUGGCGGCAGCGGCGCCCUACUAUCAGACGCCGGCCAUCCCGACAGACGUGCAGCCCGACCGACCUAUCGGCUAUGGCGCCUUCGGUGUUGUAUGGAGUCCAAAUAUAAAUUCUAUGAUGCGAUCCCAUUUCGAGGUUCGGCGGUCCCGAGGAGUGAUUGGAAUGCCCGCCGGAAACCGCAUCAGGUUGGCGUUGCGUCGCGGCCGGUUGGAUGGCGGCUGGCGCCGAGGUUGCAAAUUUCACGGCGCCCCUGCCUCGCUCCUCGUGGCUUGUUUGCGAAAAUGUCACGUCGCUGAGUGUAUCCCUCCCCCCGCACCCUGCCCCGCACUCCCCAGUGAGCUCGACGACCGCGACGUGUUCUUCUGCUGGGCGGUAACGGAUCCUCGUGAUGGCCGGCGCGUGGCACUAAAGAAACUGCCCAAUGUAUUCCAGUCGCUCGUCUCCUCAAAACGCGUCUUCCGAGAGCUCAAGAUGCUCUGUUUCUUCAAACAUGAAAACGUCUUAUCGGCGUUAGACAUCCUACAGCCGCCUAGCCUCGACUUCUUCCAGGAAAUGUAUCCUUUUUACCGUAUAGAUAGUCUAGCAUUACUAAAUAAUUGUUGCCGUAAACGAUCGUAUGACGGGCUCUUAACGGUGAGUGUAGGCGCAUUGACCUCGCGCGAGGGUGGUAUAAGAUUGCAUUUCCACUUAGAAUCUCCGGAACUGCUGAAGCGGCCAACGAACGGCCCAGUGUUUUAUAUUUUAUCAUCGCUGUAG